ACUCAUUGCCCUGGGAAUCCAAAAUUCAAUUUUCAAGAGUACAUGAUGCGUGCUUACGAGGAUGAUUUCAAGAAAGUUGUUGGAAUAAGUUGGUACCUUUGGAUUUUUGUGGUUAUCUUCUUGUUGCUCAAUGUCGAUGGAUGGCAUGGGUAUUUCUGGAUAGCAUUCGUUCCCUUUGCUCAUGUAAUAACACAAUUGGCCAAUGAGGUGGCUGAAAAACAUGUAGCCGUUGAAGGGGAGCUGGUGGUUCACCCUAAAGAUGAUCACUUCUGGUUCCACAGACCCCAAAUUGUUCUCCUCCUCAUACACAUCCUCCUGUUCCAGAACUCGUUUGAAUUGGCAUUUUUCUUCCGGAUUUGGGUGCAAUAUGGUUUUGAUUCCUGCAUUAUGGGACAACUCGGAUUUAUUAUCCCUCGACUCGUGAUAGGGGCAUUCGUUCAGUUCGUCUGCAGUUACAGUACUCUACCGCUCUAUGCAAUUGUCACGCAGAUGGGAGGUUCAUUCCAGGGUUCAAUAUUUAAGGAACACGUUAAAGAGGUACUCCUAGAUUGGGCCAACACGGCGAGGACUCAUGCUACGGUUAUGCAGAAGGCUUCUACUGGAUCCAGCCGGUCGCUCAUAAAGGGUAUUCUGUUUCUGCUUCAACAACACAGUUAGCAAGGGUUGAUGACCUGGAAACUGCAGCAGAAGAGGGCAAGGGGUAGAUCAGGCCUGAAUCAGUCUCCGCCAGCCACAAAUGAGCUGUAGCUAAUACGUCAAAGAGCAGUGUUGUACUAAAGAAUCUUCUGUGUU